AACUACAAAUGUGACAUGCAGAGCAAUCUAUUAGCUGUGAUUGGGGGACCUAACUCUGAUGUUUCUCUCCAUAUAGCAAAGAAUCUGUGCAUCUACAAGAUACCACAGCUCAUAUAUGGCUGCACUCAGCUGCUGAAAAAUGAUAUGCAAGCUCCUUUCCUCUACUGGAUGUUUCCAAAAGGGGCUCAUCAAUACGAGGCAAUUCUCCAAUUACUCCUGCAUUUUGGGUGGACGUGGAUUGGGGUUUUUUAUUUGCCUGAUGACAAUGGAGAGAGAUUUGUACAGAAUAUGCUGCCUAUGUUUUCUGAGAGAGGCAUCUGCUUUGACUUUAUAGAAACAUCCCCAACAUUUUCUUUUUCAAUUCAUAUUACUGAUACAGUGGAGGAGGCAUCAACAACAAUGAAGACUAUUUCAGAAAGCACUGCCAAUGCACUGGUCAUAUAUGGUGAAAUACAGACCAUGUUGGUUUUCAUACUAAUGCACAACUUUGCAGAAACAGAGAAUAUGCCCAUUAAGACAAGAGGUAAAGUCUGGAUUAUGAUUGCUCAGAUGGAUUUCAUAUCAUUUGGGAUACAAAAUAGUAUGGAUCUCCACUCCCUCCAUGGGGCUCUUUCCUUUGCAUUGCACUCACAAGAGGUUUUAGGAUUCCAGCAAUUUCUUCAGAUGAGAAACCCCAUUUCACAGAAAGUUGAUGGCUUUCUCAGGGUCUUUUGGGAAAUUGCAUUUAAUUGUCAUUUCCCCAACCCCAUUGCAGAUGAGAAGGCUGAGGAAACCUGCACUGGGGAGGAGAUGUUGGAGACUCUUCCUGGGUCUGUUUUUGAGAUGAGCAUGACCAGUCACAGCUACAGUGUCUACAAUGCAGUCUAUGCUGUGGCACAUUCGUUCCAUGCCAUGCACUCCUCUAAAUCUAAUCAAAAAGGAAGGGUGGAUGCAGGUAGAUGGAAGCUUCGAUAUCAUCUGCCAUGGCAGCUCCAUCACUUUCUGAGAAGUGGAUCCUUUAACAACAGUGCUGGGGAAAAGGUUUCCUUUGAUGAAAAUGGGGAAUUAGUUGCUGGAUUGGAUAUUAUCAACUGGGUCACAUUCCCCAACCAGUCCUUCCGUAGAGUCAGAGUUGGAAAGCUAGAGCCAGAGGCUGCCCCUAACCCUGUGUUCUCCAUUCAUGAAGAUGCCGUUCAGUGGCCCAGCCGAUUUAAACAGGUACGGCCCCUUUCUGUGUGUAAUGACCAUUGCCCUCCUGGUUUUAGCAGGACAGAGGUGGAAGGGAAGCCAUUUUGUUGCUAUGAUUGCCUUCCAUGCCCAGAAGGGAAAUUUUCAAAGGAGAAAGACAUGGAUGACUGCAUUCAGUGUGCAGAAGAUCAUUAUCCAAACUAUGGUCGGGAUUUUUGCAUUCCCAAGGCUAUUGCCUUUCUGACUCAUGAAGAACCUUUGGGGAUCAGUUUCCAUGUUUUUGCUCUAUCCUUUUCUUUCAUUUCAGCAUUGGUGUUAAGGAUCUUCCUGAAGCACAAGGACACUCCCAUUGUCAAAGCCAACAACCGCAGCCUCACCUACACUCUCCUCAUCUCCCUCCUUCUCUCCUUCCUUUGUGCGUUGCUAUUCAUUGGCAAGCCUAAGAGUAUCACAUGUCUCCUUCGACAAGCUGCUUUUGCCAUCAUCUUCUCUGUGGCAGUUUCUUGCAUCUUGGCUAAAACUACCAUUGUGGUUCUUGCUUUCAUGGCCACAAAGCCAGGGUCCAGCGUGCGGAAAUGGGUGGGGAAAGGUUUGGCCUACUCCAUCGUUCUUUCCUGUUCUCUCAUUCAAGUCACAAUCUGUACAGUGUGGCUGGCAACUUCCCCACCAUUCCCAGAUCUAGACAUGACCUCCAUGGCUAAAGAAAUGAUCCUGGAAUGUAAUGAAGGCUCCACUGCCAUGUUUUAUUCUGUACUGAGCUUCCUGGGCUUCCUGGCUACAGUGAGCUUCAUUUUGGCUUUCUUGGCCAGGCAGUUACCUGACAGUUUUAACGAAGCCAAGUUUAUCACCUUCAGCAUGCUGGUCUUUUGCAGUGUGUGGUUGUGCUUUGUUCCAACCUACCUGAGUACAAGGGGGAAAUUCAUGGUAGCUGUGGAAAUAUUCUCCAUUUUGGCCUCCAGUGCUGGCUUACUGUGUUGCAUCUUUUUGCCCAAAUGCUAUAUCAUUGUGCUGAGGCCUGACCUGAACCAAAGGAUUGAGUUAAUAAGAAGAAAGAAGUAG